AAAAGACCAGCUCUUGUGGGGUUCCUAACAGCAGGAGUUUUGCUUGUGCAGUUUUCAAACCUCUCUCCUCUCUAUUUUUUUUUUUUCCUUUCAAUUUCAAAUACAGAGCCAUUUGCAGAGAGGACUGAAACUGAUGAUGAAAGGAUAAUGGAUGGGAAAGAGGGUUGGUCCUAAUGCAUGAUACCUGUUGGUGGGUUAGGUAGCAACCCCUGCCCCUCUCAUUGGACCCAUCCCUAGAUUCCUGCCUCUUCUGUAAUUCUUCUUUUUCUUCCAACUCAAUUCUGUUUUUUCUUAAGUAACCCUUCUUUAUUUUCUCAUAAGAUAUCACAAACAUCACAAAGUUUCUUCUUCUAUGAAACCCUAAACUCUUUUUACCCAUCUCAAUACUUUUUUUUUUUUUAAAUUAGUUUUAAAAAAAAUCAGAUUUCUUUGGGAUUAUAAGUAUUUUUUCCUCUCCCAAAGUCACCCAGUUCACUUUAAAAUAUGAAAUACAAUAGCAUUGUCUAUCCUUAUAGCUAUAGAACCAAGCUUCUUGAAAUGUGCUUGCUUCCCAUCCUGAACAUUUUAUUGGACUUGGAUUGGAAUAACUCCAUAAAAUGUUUUAAGAAUCACCACAUUAACAGGUUUAAUUAGUUUUCUAGCUAUGCUUUCUUUUUCUUUUCUCACUUGUCCUGAACAUGCAAAUGUGUGUAUCAACACUUGAGCAAUUAUUGAAACAAAAUUUGAUGAAAAUUUAACUAUUGUUAAUCAAUAUUAAUAAAGGAAAAAAGAAAAAAACAGCUUCUCCCUCUCGAUUAGCAAAGUCAUAUUUAUAAAAGAAUUUUUUUUUUUAAAUUCCCUUUUUUGUCGAAUAAAUCCCUCCUCAUAUAAAGAGAAGUGGAACGAUAGAGUCAUCAAUCAUAUCUCAGAUUAUAUAGAUAUAUAUAGUAUAAAAGAAAAAAAGAGUUUGUUCCUAGAAGUUGAUAAGGUAUAUAAGCUAUCCAUCUUACACAGAUCUCUGCAUCACCUUCCAAUUCAAGAAAUUCUAAUUUUCCUUCUACUCUGAUACAUCAAAUCUUUCUUUUGCCAUUUUUACUUUAAACUCUGUGUCCACUCCGAGGACCGAUCUGCUGUGUAUCCUUCAUUCCUUGAACAUCAUGACAGUUCAGGUUAUGAAUAUAUAUAGAGAUUUCUAAAUACUAUUUGAGGCUUAUUAAAACCUGUCUGCUGGGUCAUGUCUUGCAAUGGGAUGGCUUUCUUCCCAGCAAAUUUCAUUCUCCAAACUCCUCAUGAGGAAGAUCAUCAUCAACCCUCAACUUCUAUCGAUCAAAUGCUACCUCCAUGCACAUCGCAAGACUUUCGUGGUGUUGCAUCAUUUCAAGGGAAGAGAUCAAUGUCAUUUUCAAGGAUAGAUGUGUGUGAAGAAGCAAAUGGGGAGGAUGAUUUAUCAGAUGAUGGUUCGCAGGCAGGAGAAAGGAAGAGGAGGCUUAACAUGGAACAGGUUAAGACUCUAGAGAAAAACUUUGAGUUUUGUAACAAGCUUGAACCUGAAAGAAAAAUGCAGCUGGCUAGAGCUCUUGGUUUGCAACCAAGGCAGAUUGCUAUUUGGUUUCAAAAUAGAAGAGCUAGGUGGAAAACCAAGCAACUAGAGAAAGACUAUGAUCUCCUUAAGAGACAGUACGAAGCAAUCAAAGCAGAUAAUGAUGCACUCCAAGCUCUGAACCAAAAGCUUCAUGCAGAGAUAUUGGCACUGAAAAACAGAGAACCAACUGAAUCUAUUAACCUUAAUAAAGAAACUGAAGGUUCUUGCAGUAAUAGAAGUGAAAACAGCUCAGAUGUCAAGUUGGAUAUCUCAAGGACACCAGCAAUUGACAGCCCGUCAUCCACUCAUCCAACAAGCAGAAACCUCUUUCCAACUUCCCUAAGGCCAACAGGUGGUGGUGUUGCACAACUAUUCCAAACCACACCAAGGCCUGAUCACCUUCAAUGCCAAAAGAUGGAUCAAAUGGUUAAAGAAGAAAGCCUCAGCAACAUGUUCUGCAGCAUUGAGGAUCAAACCGGGUUUUGGCCAUGGCUUGAGCAACAACAUUUCAAUUGAUAAUUUGAACUCAUCAAUCAAGGUGUCAAAUUUGGAAUAGUCCCCCAUUUCCCAGUUACAAAAAGGUUUUAGAUCAAGAGGGCAACUAAUCAUUAUAUAAUAUCCAAUGUUUUGGUACCUAGAGAGAGUGGUGUAAAAAGUAGAAGUUUUAUCAAGUGAAAACUUUUGAUGAUCAGGAGGCGGCUGAAGAGAUGAUUAUGGUUAUAUAUAUGAUCAGGUUUCCUAGGCUUAGAGAGAAAGAGAGAAAGAUGUUUGCUAGGUUGGAUCAUGCGAGAAGAAUUUCCAAGUUAAAUUAUACUUGAGUAAUUUGCUAGUGAUGACUAGUUGGUUUGCAGCAGCAGCUCUAGCUAUAGCAUGGGCCAUGAAAAAAUAUAAAGGGGAUUCUCUCUCGCUACAUAUUUUAUUAUUCUUGUCUUUUGUACUGUUUGAAGAAAAAAAAAUUGCUUGAGUGCAUCGAAGAGAGCCCUUGUAAUGGUUUUUUUUUUUGCUGAAUUCAUCAUUCAAUGCUAAAGGGUAAACGCCAGUGGUGAACACAAUCUACUUGAAGUUAAUAAACUAUUAUAUCUCUUUUUUUUAUAAAAAAUGAAAAUAAAAAGAGAGAAAGAGAGACUGAGAGAGUAUCCAACGCACUUUCCAAGAGUGAAGAUGACAAACAGAUGAACAGCAGAAGAAAACAAGGAGAGUUGGAAAUGGUCAUUCUCGUGAAGGGGACGUUGGCAAUCUUGUGCUGACAAUCAAGGAAUGGCAUCCGCCAAAAGCCAAUGUAACCACCUUUUGGCCCUAGGCAGAGUCUUACUGCAUUACUGCACUCCCUUUUUUGAGUCUUUGAUG